CGCAGCCUCGACGAGCCGUCGCGGUACGUAGGAGAGCGCGCGCGCGCGCGCGCGCGCCCGCUGAUCGCGCUCGAGACGACCAGAGUCCCUCCGUUAUGUUCUCCGGGACGUAGCGGGCCCUCGGCGAGGAGAAGGUCCUCGAGGUCCAAGAGCGCGGUUCUCUCGUGUCCGUUCCGUUAGUCGUCGCUGGACGGCCAUCGAGGAUUUCGCGCCGUCGUCCAGCAUCCAUCCCGAAGGCUGGAGCCGAGUUGCAGCGGUUGCAGCGACGCGAGGAAAGCGGUGCCGUCCUUAGCACUCGGAGGAGCCACCUCCGGGAUCCGAAUCGCCGGCGAGAUGCCGCCGCAGGAGAAGUUCUCCACGUCGGCCAACGGGGGCGACCUGGGCUCCAAGGACACGAGCCCCGACGACCUCUCGGUCUCUUGCCGGGACUCGUCGUCCGAGGGCUUCCCCGUGCCCAGCGAGAAAUGCGUCAAGACCCGGCGCAAUGGUCACCGACCGAGCGACGGCCAGCAGGAGGCUCAAGAGCAGCCCAAGGACAUGGACUUUGACGAGCUGCUGCCGCAUGUCGGUGAGUUCGGCACCUACCAGAGGAUCCUGUUCAUCAUGAUGAUCCCGUUCGCCUUCUUCGUCGCCUGGGUGUACUUCUCACAGAUCUUCAUCACCCUCGUGCCGGAGCAGCAUUGGUGCCGCGUACCGGAACUGGAGAACCUCACGGUCGCGGAAAGGAUCGCGUUGGCGAUACCGCCCGACGAGCACGGCUAUUCGAGAUGCGAGAUGUACGACGUGAAUUACACGGAGCUGCUGUUAAACGGAACCCGCGAGGCCGACCCGAGCUGGCGGACGAAGGGUUGCACGCACGGCUGGGAGUUUAAUUUUACCGACAUCCCCUAUGAGACCGUGGCGACCGAGCUGGGAUGGGUGUGCGAGAACAGCGCGCUGCCCACCACGGCCCAGAGCGUCUUCUUCGUCGGCGCGAUCUUCGGCGGCCUGAUCUUCGGAUGGAUCGCCGACAGGUACGGCAGGAUACCGGCGCUGGUGGGUGCCAACGUCACCGGGUUCCUGGCCGGCGUAGCGACCGUGCUGGCCGGCAGUUUCUGGGAGUUUGCGUUGUGCCGAUUCUUCGUGGGCUUCGCCUUCGAUAAUUGCUUCACUAUGAUGUAUAUAUUAGUAUUGGAAUACGUGGGACCAAAGUGGCGCACUUUCGUGGCGAACAUGUCGAUCGCCCUCUUCUUCACGUUCGCCGCCUGCAUCUUGCCGUGGAUCGCGUACUUUCUGGCCGACUGGAGGAUGACGUGCAUCACCAUUUCCGUCCCUCUAGUUCUGGCGGUAGCGGCGCCCUGGUUGGUGCCGGAGAGCGCGAGGUGGCUCGUCAGCCAGGGUCAGGUGGACAAGGCCAUCGAGAUCCUCGGUAAAUUCGAACGCAUCAACGGCACGAAGGUGCCGGAGAACGUGUACCAGCAUUUCCGUGAGACCUGCGCCAGGGUGUGCAAGGAGCAGGAGGCGGACAAAACCUACUCCGUGCUGGACCUCUUCAGGAGCCCGCGUCUGCGAAACAUCACGAUCCUCCUCAUUUUUAUCUGGAUGGCGAUAUCGUUGGUAUUCGACGGUCACGUAAGAAACGUGAAUAAUCUCGGGCUCGAUGUCUUCAUGACGUUCACCAUCGCGGCGGCGACCGAACUACCCGCCGACACGUUCCUCACCCUCGUUCUCGACCGCUGGGGCAGGAGAUGGUUGGCCUGCGGCACCAUGGUUAUCUCCGGGAUUUUCAGCAUCUGGGCCAGCGCGGUUACGAACAACAUUUACUCGGCCACCUUGGCGAUAAUCGGUAGAUUCUGGGUGAACAUUUCGUACAACAUCGGUCUCCAGUACGCGGCCGAGGUGCUGCCGACGGUGGUGAGGGCGCAGGGGGUCGCCUUGAUCCACAUCAUGGGAUACGUCGCCAGCAUUCUCGCGCCCUUCGUCGUUUACCUGGACAUCGUCUCGUCCUUUCUGCCACUGCUGGUCCUCGGCACCAUGGGCAUCCUGGGCGGCCUCCUGACGCUGUUCCUGCCGGAGACGCUCGACAAGGACUUGCCGCAAACCUUGCAGGACGGCGAAGACUUCGGGAAGGAUCAGAAGAUGUGGGACAUGCCGUGCUUCUCCAAGAAAGCCGCUGACGCGGAGGCACCGCCUGUGGCGAUCUUCCGGUCCUUCGAGCGCAGCAGCCUGCGGAACUCGAUGAGGGCGUCCACGCGCGGCGAGACCCUGAGGAGCAGCAUGAUACAGAGAUCGAGCAUCCGGUCGCGCAAGGGCGUCCCUGGCCCGGAAAAGCCUGCGGAGACGGAAAAGCCUGCGGAAGGUGAUUGAACGCAACUCCACACGCAGCCUGUUCUUCCCGAAUAAUCGGGCGUAUUCCCCGGCGGCACCGUCCACCGCCCUUCCCAGAAUCCAGUGUGUGAUAGCGGAGCUACCAGAAUCAAAUUAUAGUCGACGCAUAUAUCUCAGUCGAUCUUCCGAUGUAGCGCGCCCUUUAGCUUGUCCGUGAAAAAGAAAACAAGAAUAGAAAAGAGACGAGGCGCUCGCUCUCCCGAAGCGUGAGCUCCGUACGGCUCGCUCUCGCGAUAGAGCGACCUCGCGCGAUUAGCAAUAAUAAUGUGUCAAAUUCUGUAUGUGUGACGUCUGUGAAAUCCGACUUGGAUUUCGAGUAAAGUUACUUGGAGAUUUUACGGGCAGUCGUGCAGUAUUAACGUAUAAAGAGAAAGAGAGACGGCAGAGGGAGAGUGAUGUGCAGGUUCUUUUCCUCACUAGAGCGUGUUCUUCUCCCUCGUUUGCAUUUCAAAGUAGAGGCAAGAGAAACUCGUUUGCACGUGGAGGUGUGCACGUCGAGAGACACGCGAGCGUUCGUUUCUUGCGAAAACGUGUCCUUCGACGGAAGUGUCCGAGCUUCGAAUGUGUGCCAAUUCGGGCCCGAGCUAAUCACGUAGCUACGAAAGACUUGUCUCAAGUAUUGCUCACGUACAUACGUAUAUAGAGUACAAUGUAGGUAUCCGAAAUCAAAUUUUAAGUUACCUUGAGGAACGCGUGUCGAAUUUUCGUGCGCUGUCUCUUCGUCGCGAACAAAAUUCUCCGAAUCCGAAAGCGUCGACCCCGCGUCGAGAGCUGUGAAAUUCACUUUCGCACACGCUUUGGAUUUGUACAUACAGUAUUUUAUAAUACAAAUAAGCUAAGGACGGUAUGAAAAAAGAAGUACUUUGUAUAUCCCAUUAAUGCGUGUUAAUAAACGUACGAAUUAUCGAGGAUAAA